ACCGUAUAAAGAAACGAACAAAAAAAAAUACCAGCAGCCAGAGACGAAAACUUAUCUUUCCUUCCCUUUAGUUGUGGUGCUUUGAUAAAAUCAUUACUGAAGGAGAAAUUGCUGCGAAUAGGUCGCAUUACUGUGAUUUAUCACCUAUAACAGUGCUUUAAUUCUAUCUGAUCGUAAUACCUUUAGUCAAAAUGCCCAACAGAGCAGUGUGUGUAUUGAACGGCGAUGUCAGCGGCACAGUUUAUUUCGACCAAAAGGAUAACGAGUCUCCAGUAGUUGUCACCGGGGAAGUCAGAGGUUUAAAAAAGGGUAGCCAUGGUUUCCACGUUCACGAGUUCGGCGACAACACGAACGGCUGCACGUCGGCCGGCGCCCACUUCAACCCCUACAAGAUGGACCACGGUGCCCCCGACUCCGCCAUCCGCCACGUCGGUGACCUCGGCAACAUCGAGGCCGACGCUGACGGAGCCGUGGCUAAGGUAUGCAUUCAGGACUCCAAGAUUUCGCUGGUGGGCCCCAACAGCAUCGUAGGCCGCACGCUGGUGGUACACGCGGACCCCGACGACCUCGGUAUCGGCGGCCACGAGCUCAGCAAGUCCACCGGCAACGCCGGCGCCCGCCUCGCCUGCGGCGUCAUCGGACUCGCCAAGAUCUAAACACCCCUACCAGUCACCGUACGCUGUUACUGUAGUAUUAGCAAGUUAUGUCCGCUUACAACUUCUUUCUCAGGGUUAAGGGAACACCACUAAAUACUACGGCGUUAUAUGCCCAUGUUACUCAAAGUACACUGGUGUUAGUAGGAGAUUGAGUAUCCCUUACCUGGACUGUCGUAUAGUGCCUCUUUAAGUGUAUAGUUUGGAUAUCUAAUACUAGUGUAAUCGUUGGAUCAGGGUUAUAAUCUUGGAACUUGGAGAACAACUGCAAUACAGAUGGAAUAUAAAUGUAGUUAGAAUAUAAGGCUCUGUUGAUGAUGUCAUUUUAUUGCAUUCCUGGCCCAUCUCAGUGAAUAAAUUAUUGGAAUCGUUUUUAUUUUUAUUUUUUAUGUUGGUGCAGGGCGCAUGAUGUAUUAAUGUCGGCUGUAUCAGUUUGUUUCAAUAAAACAUUCUGAAUUAA